GGAGCAGUAGGGAGGUGGUGCUGCCUCCAGCGGGUUAACAGCUCCUUUCGAUCGUUAAUCAUCAAAGAUUACAAUACUCCAAGAUAAACGAUAACUUAAUAUUAGAUAACGAUACAUGAUAAACUUUAAUUAAAAUCAGAAAGUGCCCAGUGAGUGUCUAAUCAGUUUUCAGGUAGGCACUAGGCGAUAUGAAAAUCAGUUUGUAUUUUUUGCUAUUUUAUGUGUGUAAUACGGCAUGCAAUGGCGAUAAAGAAGCCGAAGAGGAGGCGAACAGGAAGCGGAUACUUGAUCAAUUGACGAAAACACGCACAGUGAUACUGGAUGACUACCACUUGGUCACUAGGCAGAUAGCGACCGAUGUAUAUAUGUACAGAAGCUACCGCACUGUGUCUGUUGUGUUUUAUCCCGUCAGGAAAGACGUUAGCGAUGCACGCUUCACAUUCCAGGCUGAAGAGCUUCAUUUAAAUAACAUUGGGAGGUGCGACCCUCAAGAUGUCAUAAUCAACAUAAAGCACGGCUCGUACCCAGCCGUGAACCCUGACGGGUACCCCUUCCCCAAAGACUUCGUCGACCCGGCAAACAGGGGCUCCAUACACACUGUGGAACUGCUGUCGGACGGCAAGAACAAGUCCUACAGUAUAGCCCACCCCAAGCCUGGCUCAUGGUACGCGUUGGUGUACAGGAAAUGGGAGGAUCCUAGGACUCAGAAGGUUGAGCAGCAAGGUCUCGUCGCCGACUGCCACACAAUCUUAUAUACAGAUCUGCAAAUCAAAAUAGACGAUAAUAUCCGGCUUAUAGACUGUGACCAGGGCAUCACCGUCUCCUACUCAAACAUCCCCGUCACCUACAAAUGUAUGGUCGUAGACGACAUACAGCCCGUCAACUUCAACUUCACUAUUACGAACACUGCUAGUGCUGACAGACAAGUCAUCUUCCUAGUACAGGCUCUCUACCAACCCUCUAUAGAUGACAACCUCCUCUCGUGCUUCUUCGACCCGAGAGCCAGCAACAUCCACUCAGUGAACUUCAUUCCUCAUCCCAGCGCCUGGCAUUACUUAAGAAUAGAGUACUACACCCCCGACAAUGACACCAAAAUCAACAACUGCAACAACCUUUACUAUGCCAGAACGGAAGAAGACGAUCUCAGCAAUCAUUCCGUUAUAGAUCUCAUGCGCGAUGACAAAGGUCGCUUUUUCACAUUCGACUAUGGCUUACCCACCACAGAUUUGCAAGACGCGACCAGCUUAGUCAAUCUGACCUCGGACGAAGUGAAGUCCUUAAGGUUUCCGGUGACUAAAAUCUUAGAUAUCGGUGGCACUUUAGCAUUAGAAGCGAGUCUGCUUAUGAAAAACUUAAGAUAUUACAUGGGAUGGAAGAGAGAACGUAAAGGUGCUCAAGGACAUUUGUUGGCGUUUACGGAGGAUAAUCAAUAUAUGCGCGUCGUGAUCUGCUUGGACAUCGGUCACACAAGUUUGCCUUUAGCUUCUGGGCAUUGCCAGUACAACGACCACGUGAAACCGGCGCUGUUCGUGUUGAACAGCACAGAUUCUGAAUCUAUAGAUGAUAAAGUGAUAAUUCCUUUUCCGGACGACGGGCAGUGGUACCUGACGUUCCGUUUGUUUUGCGAUGAGGUCGUGUGUCCGUGCCGGACGUUUGACAAUGGUACGAAGUAUUACGUGAACUCGAGCGUGUUGGACCGUGACGAGGAGGAGUUUGGGAACGCGUCGUCGAUUCGCGAAGGGGAGCGGGACUGCAACGUGACGGUGGUGCUGUCGGUGUCCUCGACGUCGUGCGUGGGCGGCCGCUGCGGGAACCACGGCAGCUGUCUGCUCAACACGUUCGGGGGACUGAUUAUGUCUUUUUGCUCCUGCACGGCUGGUUACGGAGGCUGGGAUUGUUCUGACGACUCCAGGAUGGAUAGUAAAGUAUCCAUGCUCGUGUCAGUACUUCUCCUGACCCUCAGCAACAUGCUCUUUUUCAUCUCCAUCUACGUGGCUAUCAUCCGCCUGUACUACACCGAAGCCAUGAUGUACGGGUUCACCAUGGUCUUCUCCACUUUCUACCACGCCUGCGAUGCGCCGGCUCAGGUAGCUUACUGUAUAACCAGACCAAAUAUCCUACAGUUCGGAGACUUUUACUGUGGGAUCAUGUGCUUCUGGGUAACUUUACUAGCCAUGGCAAUCAUGGGCGAUAAACUUAGAUCUUCACUACAACUUAUCGGUGCAAUAAUCAUAGCUUUACUCACUACGUGGAACAUGCAUUCUAUAGUCGCGUUUAUUUUACCUGUAGCGAUCGGGUGCGGAUUUUUAUUUUUAAGUUGGUAUCUAGAUUGGAGAAAAGCCCAUGUGUUGAUGUAUAGAAGAUCGUAUUACACGACUUUUCUACCUAUAGGCUUAUUGUUGGUCGGUGUAGGUUUGAUCUGUUUCGCGUUUCUUCAGACCGAGCAGAACUAUAAGAUCGUUCAUUCUGUUUGGCAUAUGAUUAUCGCUGGGAGUGUAGUGUUCCUUUUACCGGAUAUUAAACGCGGAGGCGAUGCUAACCCAUUCCUGCCCAACCCCAAUUUCUGCAGAAUACCUUUUUGUAGCCAAUUCACCAGAUCGCAAACCCCCAAUAAUGUUAAUAGAUCUCAAACUCCAACAACAACGGCCCCUUUAACAGCAGACUGAAUACGUCAAUUGCCAUCCAUGAAACGAGCCUUAUAUCGUUUUGUUAAGGUGAAAUAACGCGUUAGUGUUAAUAGUAAUUAAGAUAUAAAUGUUAUUUCCGUUAGUUACGACAUUCUCCUACUAGUCAACACUAUUUUAAACGAGUACAGAUAUUUUAGGAAUUUCUAUAACUCUUCAUAGUUAGGUGUAACGUAUUGAAUUCACAUGACAAUAGAUAAUGUUAGGUGAUAGUACAAUUUUCAUAUAUUUAUUGAAGUACAUGAAACAAAAUGAAAAAGACUGCAGCUACAGAGAACUGAGCAGAGCCGGACUUGGGCAUAUUAUUGAUGUAAAUAAAUAAGUCCUGUGACCUUUUGGCCGCUGCCGCCGCCGUGCAAUGUCGUGGUCAAACCGUCACAUACGUCGGUUUAAGACUUUCUCUUUAAUGCUCGAGUCUAGUAAAACCACCACGCCCCACGACCCCGUUUGAAACGGACCAAUUUCGAUGUGAUUUUAUGUGAUAAUGUACCAGAGGAUAGCUGAUUGUAUUAUUCUGUUUCUAUACUUUAACAUUUUUAAUUGAUAUUCCAACGCCCGUUCAAACUCUAGCCCCCUUAUUCAUAAACGUAGGAGUUAUCAAGCCAAUAAAGUUCGUUUGUCCC